CCUGUUAAACACUAUAUGGGCAGCACCACCCUCCCUGAAGUGGACUGUAUAUUCUUAAGGUUUUCUUAUCACGAUGUGUUCUCUCUCCCAGGUGCUUGUAAGGACACAGAUGACAGACAGGUAGGAUUCCAGUUCAGGUGGAAUUCAGACCAAGAUUUCGACUCGGGCCUUGGCAUGAUGACAGGCAUGAACCCUAUGAUGCCCGGCCUUGGUUACGUGCCCCCACCGCCCCUGCCCCAUGAUCUACCCAUCAUUAAGGAGAUCAUUCACUACCAGAGCUGCACCCUCUUCCCCCCAAACCCAAACCUUCCCUUUCCGGCCAUGAGGGAUCGCCCUCCCGGCUGUAAGACUGUGUUUGUGGGUGGUCUGCCAGAGAAUGCCACUGAGGCACUCAUCGUGGAGGUAUUUGGCCAGUUGGGUGAGAUCAUCGCAAUCCGCAAGAGCAAGAAGAACUUCUGCCAUAUCCGAUUUGCCGAAGAGUUCACUGUGGACAGAGCCCUCUUCCUGUCUGGCUACCGUAUGCGUCUGGGCUCCAGUACAGACAAGAAGGACACAGGGCGGCUCCAUGUGGACUUUGCCCAGGCCAGAGACGACUUGUAUGAGUGGGAGUGUCGUCAGCGCCUGUAUGCCAGAGAGGAGAGACACCGCAGGAGGAUGGAGGAGGACCGUUUCAGACCCCCUUCCCCUCCACCCAUCGUCCAUUACACAGACCACGAGUGUAGCCUGCUGGGGGACAAGAUCAAAGAUGAGGCAGCGUUUGCGGAGGCGGUGCACGUGCUGCUGACCUGGGUGGAACGCGGUGAGGUGAACCGUCGUAACGCAAACAACUUCUACUCCAUGAUCCAGUCGUCCAACAGCCACAUCCGCCAGCUGAUGAGUCAGAAGGCCGCCCACGAGAAGGAGUUGGAGGUGGCCAAGGACAAGUUCAAGACCGCCCUGUCUGGCAUCCUGGCACAAUUUGAGCAGAUUGUGUCUGUAUUCCACGCUGCUUCCAAACAAAAGGCAUGGGACCAUUUCUCCAAAGCUCAACGCAAGAACCUGGACAUGUGGCGCAAGCAAGCAGAGGAGAUCAGAAACAUGCAAAAUGAAGAGCUGAUGGGGAUCAGACGAGAGGAGGAGAUGGAGAUGUCUGACGAUGACAUGGAGGAUACACACGAUCCUGACGACUCAGGCCCUGUGGCCCAGGUGGAGGCCCUAAAGGAAGAGAAUGACUCUCUGCGCUGUCAGCUGGACGCCUACAGGAACGAGGUGGAGCUGUUGAAGCAGGAGCAGGGCAAAAACCAAGAACACACACCUCCACAACASAGUGAAGAGGACACCAUCAGGCAGCAACAACUAACCUUUCUACAACAGGCACUACAGGGAAUGCAGAAGCAACUGCUGAAGAUGCGUGAAGAAAUGAAACAGAGGGAGGCAGAGUUGGAGAAGAGUGUGGAGGACAAACAGCAGCUGGAGAGCCAAGUACAGAGCCUCAAGGAAGGACUGGAGAAUGCUUCCAAGCUCUGUUCAGUAUGCAAGAGCGGUUCUUGGCCCCCAGAGAAGAUUCCCUCCAGUCCUGUUUACUCUGAGAGAGAGGCCUUGCUAGUUGGGAUCAUCUCUACGUUCCUCCAUGUCCACCCGUUUGGAGCCAGCAUCGAAUACAUCUUCUCUUACCUACAGCAGCUGGGCACCAAGAUUAACACCGGACAGGUGGGGGCUCUACUGGGUCGGCUGCCCAGUACCUUCAGACAGGAGCUGACAGGGGUGGGCGCCAGCCUGGAGAAACGCUGGAAGUUCUGUGGUUUCGAGGGAAUCAAGACCACAUAGAGCAUUACAGAGACACAGCGGAUAUCACAGGAGAAACAGCAUAGAGAUCUGACGGUCUUAUGAGGAUAUUGUUUUUAUGGGGACCGGCACUGGUCCCUUGGCUGUUGCUCUCCAGUCCCUGUGAUGGUUAAUUGAUCUUGAUUUAGUCAGUUCUUAAGUGCUAGUUAUAAUGUAAACAGUUUGCUGGUCCCUGUCACAAAUAAGGUUGAGAAACACUGGCAUAGAACUCUUGACUGUAUUAUGAAGACACAGAAGUAAAAACAUAGAACUCAGACUGUCCGUCACAUGAGCGGGUCGGACCGUUCUCAGAUCCUCUAAUUGGUUAACUCUGCUGUCACUCAGCCAGGACUACUACCCAGGAAGGUUAUCAGGGUCUGCUGAACACUGUCAACCUCCAACCCCUCUGGCCUCUCACACUCUUUUCUUUCCUUGUUUGUACAAUUCUAUGAGUAAAAAUGAAUAUAUUUCUUCAUUUUCUGUAAAGGCUGUUGAAGGGAUACUUCUGGGUUUUGGCAACGAAACCCUUUCUCUACUUCACCAGAGUCAGAUGAACUUGUGGAUACCAUUUUUAUGUCUCUGCGUGCAGUUUGAAGGCAUUUUCUAACUGAUGCUAGCGCAAUGAUUGGAAGGCUAUGGGUAUCUGCUAGAUAGCAUGCUAGCAGAUACCCAUAGCCUUCUAGUCAUUGCGCUAGCUAGAGGUAGUUAGAGGUAGUUUUGUGAGCCAAUGCUAACUUCCUUCAUACUGGACUCGGAGAUAUAAAACUGGUAUCCACAAGUUUAUCUGACUCUGGGGAUGUAGAUAAAGGGUCUCAUUGCCAAAAUCCUGAAGUAUCCCUGUAACAGUUGCAUAGAUUGAUUUGUUUUCCUACUCUGUAAAUGCUUGGAUGAUAUUUUUAAAUAAAAAAUCAAAGCAAUCUGAA